GGAUGAAGCACUGUGGCAACAUCAAAUUUAUGAUUGCAGCAUCGGGGAAGCAAGAAUUAUUGGCCCUCAAAGCCAUCACAUCCACAUCGCAUUCGUAUCCUCUUAAUUAUUGGAAACAUAUUCAUGUUGAACAGUUUCCUCUUCUCUUCUCUAUUUAAUCUUUUUCACAUACCCAAAUCACAAAAAGGGUUCUUUUAUAUUUUACAGGCUCCUCAAUCUGCGGAAUCGUGAGAAAAUGAAAGCCAAGAAAAAAUAACACUGUCAUUUGUCAAAGCCAAUCAUAAUCACAUUCAUGGCAUCUCUCCUGGCUUCUGUGUGCCUUUUCUUGCAUUUAUGGCAUCUGGGUCUUUCCUAUUUGGUUCCUUUUCUUCAUAUAUUGCACUGCUUUAUUCUUGAGUCAUUUUCCGUGGGGGGUUAAUAAUACUAAAGAAGUUGCGUCAUUGUCAGCCCCAAGAAGUUUGUGCACAUGGGGUUGUCAUUUAUCUAUUAAUAAUAAACCUUAGUCCGAGGCUUUUUUCCAAACCCUUUUGGCCGUUGAUUUAUAUAUGUCGUUUUCUUUUUGGAAUCGGCUGUCACUUUGAGUUGGAUUUGUCUCUUUUGCAUCUGCUUUUGAAGGUGAAGUAGCAAGUAGCUGAAUGGGGCUUUUCAGAGUCAGCUUCUGGAUUUUUAUUGGGAAUGUCAGUGAGAUUUCAAGGGGAUCUUAGGAAAUUUGAGUACAUUAGAUUCAGUCUCAUUAAGUAAAAGCAUUCACCGAUGGGUUCUUCUUGCUUCCUCAGAACAUGAUGAUUUGUUCUUUCAGAAUUUGUUUUCUGUUGGAACGAUUUCAGGUUCAAAGAAGCUGUUUCAUUUGUGGGGUAUUCCAAUCUCACUUUAUCAAACUGGAAUGCCUGGAAGUCUGCCUUUUUUCUUUUAAAGGAAAAAAGCAAAAGAUUUGUUAGAGUUCCUUCUGGGUCCAGUUGGUUAUAUUACGUUUGUUUCAGAGGGAAAAUUUGACCUGUUCUGAUAUUGUUUGGAGAAGGCUGGAAAAUUAAAUUGGUGAUCGUCUCUUCCACGAGGCCUUAUUAAAUCUUAAAUGUCAACUGAUACUCUUUUUUGCUAUAUCAAUACGUGAUAUAUAAACUCAUAGGAAUAUGUCCCUUUUAAUCUUGGGUACUAAGUAUUUUCUUCUCUCUUCUAUUUUCUUUCUUUCACUGUAAAUCUGGCAACGUCUACUCAAACUGGUGUAGGACUGGAAACUUGAGAGUUUAUCUUUUAGGUUGUAAUCUUUGAGAUUUGUCGGAAAUGGCUGAAAAUGCCUCCCAGGAGGGAAGAUCUCUGGCUCUGACGCCUACUUGGUCUGUUGCUUCCGUGUUGACCAUUUUCGUCGCAGUUUCAUUGCUUGUAGAACGCUCCAUUCAUAGGCUAAGCUCUUGGCUGGGAAAAACUCAUAGAAAACCCUUAUUUGAGGCAGUGGAGAAAAUGAAAGAAGAGUUAAUGCUGCUUGGUUUUAUUUCUUUGCUUCUGACGGCAACAUCAAGUCUAAUAUCAAAUAUCUGCAUUCCAUCCAAGUUUUAUGAUACAUCUUUUAUUCCGUGCUCUCAGUCGGAGAUUGAUGAACAAAAUGCGGAUAAUUCUUCAUCUGAGAAGCGAAAGCUAUUUAUGGUUUCUGUUUUCCCACAUUUGAAUAGGAGGAUGCUAACUGUGAACAAAAAUACAUGCAAAGAGGGUCAUGAGCCCUUUGUUUCCUAUGAGGGACUUGAGCAAUUGCAUCGCUUUAUCUUUGUGAUGGCAGUUACUCAUAUUUCUUAUAGUUGCUUAACCAUGUUGUUGGCAAUUGUGAAGAUCCACAGUUGGAGAGAAUGGGAAAAUGAAGCUCACAUGGACCACCAUGAUUUAUUCAACGAUACAACGAAAAAAAAGAUAAUGCAGAGACAAUCUACCUUUGUACAAUAUCACACCUCCAAUCCUUUAACCAGGAAUAGCUUUCUUAUCUGGAUGACCUGUUUCUUUAGGCAAUUUGGGCGUUCUGUUGUUCGUUCUGACUACCUUACACUUCGCAAAGGCUUCAUCACGAAUCACAACCUCUCGUCAAAAUAUGAUUUCCAUAGCUACAUGGUUCGUUCUAUGGAAGAAGAAUUCCAGAGAAUAGUUGGUGUGAGUGGUCCGUUAUGGGGAUUUGUCGUAGCUUUUUUGCUGUUUAAUGUGAAAGGCUCCAACCUUUACUUUUGGAUAGCAACUAUUCCUGUUACUCUUGUUCUUUUAGUGGGCACAAAGUUACAGCAUGUUAUUGCAACUUUGACGUUGGAGAAUGCUGGUAUAACCGGAUUCUUUUCUGGAGCAAAGCUGAGGCCCCGUGAUGAUCUUUUCUGGUUUAAGAAGCCUGAACUUCUGUUGUCCUUGAUCCAUUUUGUUCUUUUCCAGAAUGCUUUCGAAUUGGCUUCGUUCUUCUGGUUCUGGUGGCAAUUUGGAUAUAGUUCUUGCUUCAUUAGCAAUCAUCUGCUUGUCUAUGUAAGACUAAUCUUGGGUUUUGCUGGACAAUUUCUUUGCAGCUAUAGCACCUUGCCCCUAUACGCACUGGUUACUCAGAUGGGAACAAACUACAAGGCUGCCUUAAUUCCUCAAAGAAUAAGGGAAACAAUCCAUGGGUGGGGUAAGUCAGCUAGAAGGAAGAGAAGGCUCCGGAUAUUUACUGAUGAUGCCACAAUCCACACGGAAACAAGCACCGUGAUGUCACUUGAGGACGAUGACAACCAACAUGUUGAUACACCUAAAGCUGCAACUGGCUAUGCCAUAAUUGAGAUGCAGCCACCUACUGCAGCAAAUGUGUCCGCCUCUGUUACUAAUGAUGCAUCACGUGCGGUUAGAACUCCCCUUCUUCAGCCCUCUCUGUCUCUUUCAUUGCCUGUGGCUCAAAACUUCAUUGACGGAGCCCCUUUAAGAAGCUCAUCAAUGCCGGCUCAAAACUUCGAUGCCGAAAACUCUUUAAGAAGCUCAUCUAUGCCGAGAUAAAAAAAAACGUAGCUAGUAAACAAAUCUGUAGAAGUACCAUAUAAUUAGGAUCAAACUUUAGUGAAAGAAACUAUAAAAGUGCCGUGUAAGUUAGUACAAACAAAAUUGAAAUCCGAAGAAGUGUUCAGAGUGAGAUCCUAGAGAUUUGUUUAUAGGAUACUGAGUUUGUAUUUGUAGAAAACAGUACAUGAAACUGCCUGUAAUGUAAUAUAUUGUCCGAACAAUGUAAGGAAGUAUAGACUCCAAUUAUAGAAGUGUUUCCUGACUU